CACACUGACUCGUCAGUAACCCUCUGACGCAUGCGCCAUUUGUGACGUCCUUUGCUGCCAUUUUGGUGGGUCAGAAAGGUUGUACCGAACAGCGACCAAGUUUGUCACGAUGUUUUCUCGGCUUGCUCGUCCCCAAACGCUCGGCGCCCUAGCAGGGGCACUGAGGAACUUCUCCUCCACAACAGCGUGUAACAACAAAGUCGCAGUGCUCGGUGCCUCCGGUGGAAUCGGCCAACCGCUGAGCCUCUUGCUGAAGAACAACCCAGUCAUCACCCAGUUGGCUCUGUACGAUAUCGCGCACACUCCCGGCGUGGCCUGCGAUCUUAGCCACAUUGAGACUGGGUCCGAGGUCAAGGGUUUCCUUGGCGAUGCGGAGCUGGGGGCGUGUCUGGAUGGAUGCGAGAUUGUGGUGAUUCCCGCUGGGGUUCCGAGGAAGCCAGGUAUGACCAGAGAUGACCUGUUCAACACCAACGCCUCCAUCGUACGAGACCUGGUGAAGGCCUGCACCAAACACUGUCCUACUGCCUUCCUGCUCCUCAUCACUAACCCUGUAAACUCCACAGUGCCCAUUGCCUCGGAGGUGUGCAAGGCUGCUGGCACCUACGACCCCAACAGGGUCAUUGGGGUCACCACCUUGGAUGUGGUCAGGGCCAACACAUUUGUGGCUAACCUGAAGGGCCUGAACCCAGCGGAUGUUAAUGUUCCAGUGGUCGGAGGUCAUGCAGGCAAGACCAUCAUCCCUCUCAUUUCUCAGGCUACACCGUCUGUGGAGUUUGAUCCAGAGACACUGGAUAAUCUGACCAAGCGAAUCCAGGAUGCUGGCACUGAAGUUGUCAAUGCAAAGGCUGGAGCUGGGUCAGCUACACUGUCCAUGGCAUAUGCGGGGGCCAGGUUUACCAACUCACUCCUUGCUGCAUUGAAUGGGAAGGAAGGAGUCAUUGAGUGUGGUUUCAUCAAGUCCUCUGAGACGGAGUGUCCCUACUUCUCCACUCCUCUUCUCCUGGGGAAAAAUGGCAUUGAGAGGAACCUGGGACUGGGCAAGCUGAGUGACUAUGAGACAAAGUUGGUGGCAGAUGCCAUGGAUGAACUCAAGGGUUCCAUCGCUAAGGGAGAGAAGUUUGCCUCACAAUAAAAGCUGUCUUCUAAUAGUUGCCAUGACUCCAUCAGCUUAGCUGUGACUUGAAGCUUUCAUACCGCAUCAACUCCUGUAGCAGACGCAGUACCAUUCAAACUUGAUAUUCAGGACUUUUUCACUUCAACAGAAGUGGGUUUUUACACAGUGCAUACAACAAUGAAAAAGCAGUAUUUUCUUGUCAAUCAGAUGCAGAGGUCUUUUGGAUCAUAGCCAAGGAUAGUGGAAUACCUCAACACAACUGCUUCAAAUUGAUAUGACUUUUGUAGAAUGAAAUGGAUUUACUAUCUAAAUAAACUAUAUAUAUAUGUGGUGUGUUGAAAGAAUAGUUUAUGCUGUCAAUAUGGUCUAGGAAUGUACUGGUGACUAGGAUGGUGUACCUGUAGAAAUAGAGAGUUUACUUGAUAUGAUGGAAAAUGUAACAAAUACAUAUCUUACAAGCAUGUGGUUUUAUGUGAAUUGCAGGAUCGAUUGCACAUUUCCUAUGAAACCAGUUUCACCCAUAGAUCUGAAUGACUCUAAGUUAUCCUAUAUCUAAACUAAGAGGAAUUUUAUAAAGCCACUUUCUAAGCAGCUGUUCUGAACAGCUCACACAUCAAUGCCGUGAUUAAGAGGACUCCUGUUGAUUGUCUAUAGUACUGCAACAGCACAACUUCAAAGAGAAAGACCCUGAUUGUUUCA